AGAUGGAGUCUUUAAGAGCGUGUUGACAGAGAAAUAGUUUGCAAAACUAGAACUUCAGAUGUGUUUUCAUGCAAUCAUACAAAACGAAUACUUGAUAGGGGUUCUUAAUUAAAGCGACUAAAAGGGGAAUAUACAGAAGAUCUGUUGUUAAGUGUAUAUACGCCUUGUAUUCAAUAGGAUGUGAGUAUUAGUGUCUAAUUAAACGUUGUAACGCUAAGUUACUGGAAGCAGACAAGAGGCGCACAGUUAUUCUACGAAAAAGACGACAGUAUGCAGAAGUGAUACAGUUGCUAGCUCGUUUGUGAUUCGGUAGUCAACGUUUGGUGUCAGUGCGAGCUCACUCGCCAUAAUCAAAUGGGUAAGUUUAUCAUAUUCUGAUAGCCCAUUAAAGUUAAGACUUGUUAUCUAAUAUAUUGCAAGUUAAAGCUAGGCGCUGAUCAGUUAUUGCAGUGUGGAAGAUCCUUUGAUUUGCAAGGACAUAAAACAAUUUGCUUCAACUUCCCUUGACGGUUUUUGGAUCUACCCCAUGUGAAGGGUAUCGGGCUUUACUAUAGAGAUAUUCGCGACAACAGAGAUACAAAAUGUCGUUGGAAGACUGCGAAAGACACUAUGGCUCGCUGAACUCUGAUUUUGGAAGCGAAUCUACGAGCAGUGAUAGACGAUCAGCUUACAGUGGAGUGGAAGAAAAAUUACAUUACAUUCCUAUCCGAAUCUUGGGAAGGGGAGCUUUCGGCGAAGCUACAUUAUACAGAAGAACAGAGGAUAAUUCACUUGUGGUGUGGAAAGAGGUGGAUCUGAACUGCCUCUCGGACAAAGAGCGCAGAGAUGUCAUGAAUGAGAUCAGCAUUCUGUCAAUCCUGGAGCACAACAACAUCAUAGCCUACUUCAACCACUUCCUGGACAAGGAUACCUUGCUGAUUGAGUUGGAAUAUUGCAAUGGUGGAAAUCUUUAUGACAAAAUCAUCCAACAAAAAGGGAAGCUUUUUACAGAGGAGAUUGUUAUAUGGUAUCUCUACCAGAUCGCCUCUGCAGUGGCCCACAUACACAAAGCUGGGGUACUUCACAGGGAUAUUAAGACUCUCAAUAUCUUCCUCACCAAAACAAACCUGAUCAAGUUGGGGGAUUAUGGACUGGCCAAGAAGCUGGGCUCUCAGUUUUCCAUGGCUGAGACUUUUGUGGGCACCCCGUACUACAUGUCUCCUGAGCUCUGCCAGGGAGUGAAGUACAGCUUCAAGUCAGACAUCUGGGCAAUGGGAUGUGUCCUCUUUGAGCUCCUAACCCUCACCAGGACGUUUGAUGCAACGAAUCCCCUGAACCUGUGUGUGAAGAUCGUGCAGGGGAACUGGACCAUGGAAGUCAAUUCAGACGUGUACUCCUCUCCGCUUAUCAAACUGGUGUAUGAGUGUCUGGAUCAAGACCCCGAAAAGAGGCCCACAGCAGAUCAGAUCUUGGACCAGCCCAUCCUCUCCUGUCAAAGGCAGGAGCUGGAGGAGAAGGUGGCACUGCUGAACUCGGCCAACAAAAAACCAAGGUUGAGCACAGCGACUGAGACCCCUGUUGCUGUGGUGACCACACGCUCCAGGGAGUUGUAUUUCUGGGGUGGGGGGAAGUUUACCCCACAGAAGUUAGAUGCGUUUAAAGGAGGCAGCAGCGCCCAGCAAGUCUGCGCUGGGGAGACUCACUUUGCGGUGGUUACUGUGGAGAAGGAGCUGUAUACAUGGGCUAGUGUUCAGGGUGGGGCGAAAAUGGUGGGCCAACUGGGCCACGGGGACCAGGCCUCGUACCGACAGCCACGUAGGGUGGAGAAACUCCAGGGGAAGGCCAUCCGACAGGUAGCAUGUGGUGCAGACUUCACAGCUUGUGUCACAGAUGAGGACCAGAUGUACAUGUUUGGGUCAGACUAUUAUGGCUGCAUUGGAGUGGACAACGAGCUGGGUAUGGAGGUCCUGGAGCCGGUACUGCUGGAGUUCUUCCUGGAGCUGCCGGUCAGACAGGUGUGCUGCGGGGACAACCAUGUGGUUGUGCUGACUCAGGAUAGAAACGUCUUCUCCUGGGGCUGCGGGGAACAUGGUCGACUUGGACUGGACUCAGAGGAUGAUUUUGCCUUUCCAAUGAAGGUGGAAGUGCCCAAAGGGGCCACCAUCACCUCGGUGCACUGUGGAAGCGACGGAACCUUUCUCCUGACCGAGUCUGGGAAAGUACUGACUUGUGGGAACAAUGAACUCAACAAGCUGGGUCUGAACCAGGGAAUCUCUGGCAUCAAGAACCACUCUGGAGAGACAUACCAAGGAGUCCCCUACACCACCUCCCUCACACUGGUCAAGUUGCUGGCCCGCUACAAGAUCCGCACCAUUGCUCCAGGAAAAACUCACACUGCGGCCAUCGAUGAACGUGGCAGGCUUUUGACCUUUGGGUGUAAUAAGUACGGGCAGCUGGGUAUGAAGGACUUCAAGAAGCACACAGGGGUCAACCUGCUUGUGGGGCCCUUUGGAGGCAAGGUGGUCACCAAGGUGUCUUGUGGAGAUGGCUUCACCAUUGCUGCCACAGAGGACAAUCAGAUCUUUGCUUGGGGAAAUGCUGGUAAUGGACGUUUGGGAAUGCCCGCUGACAAGCAUUUUGGUGCAGAGGUGUGCCCUGCCCUUCCCCGUCCCAUUUUUGGCUGCCUACAUCAUGUGCCAGACCUGUCUUGUCAGGGUUGGCACACUAUACUUAUUGUCGAAAAGGUUCUCAACUCCAAAACCAUCCGUUCCAAUAGCAGUGGCUUGUCGAUUGGCAGUGGGCUGGGCCAGGCCUCCACCUCCACAGUGGACCUGGAGCUGGAUCAGGACUCGGAGGUGGGCUUGCAGUACGGGGGAUCAGGUGGCACUGUGGAGGCUGACACAGAGGAGCGUGGGAUAGAGACACCCAUGACAUCAGUGCAGAGCAACACCGAUGCCAGCUCCUGCCCCUUCUGGCUGCGCCAGGAGCUACAAGAUGCAGAGUUCAUCCCGAUGCCAGACAGCUCCCUGGACUCCAUGUCUGGACCGAUUGCUUCCACCUUCUCAGAAAGCGCCACGCUGCCCUACGAUGAGCUAAAGGAGCUGAAGGCAGCAGCUGCUGUUACAAUGAAGGGUCUCUCGCAGGAUGCAGAGUUCAUCCCGAUGCCAGACAGCUCCCUGGACACCAUGUCUGGACCGCUUGCUUCCACCUUCUCAGAAAGUGCCACGCUGCCCUACGAUGAGCUAAAGGAGCUGAAGGCUGCAGCUGCUGUUACAAUAAAGGGUCUCUCGACGGCAGAUGUAGGCCCUGACAGGGUGAAUGGAGUGGAGGCAGCAGCAGCCUGUAAGAAGAGCGGUGGGCCGCAGGUGGCUCAGCCGGUUCACACAAGCAACUGGGCAACAAGUAGUGAACUGAGCCAGCUCAGAGAGACGGUGAGCCGCCAGGAACAGAUGAUUUGGGUGUUGCAGAAACAGGUCAGUGAUCAGCAGAAAGAGAAUGAGAAGCUCUGGAGGGCAAUUGAGGGACUGACAUUGCAUGGAAAAGGAACUCAGACAAACAGCAGCACACCAAAGGAGGGAGGGGCUACCCGCCGUGAUGAGGACAACGCAGGAACUAGUCAGUGACCUGCACCUGGAGCACAUAAAGUUAUGCUGGUCCUGUCCAUAUGGUAUCACAUGCAAAGGUCUGGUUUCCCAGCAUGGGUUCCCACUACAGACAGAGGGUGGCUUGGGCAUGAUUGGUAGAGACCGGCCAGUCAUGAGGGACUUUUGGACCUCGCUGGUACACUUGGCUAGUACAUGCCAGGAGGUUGGAAGUGGUGAGAAUUUCUGAGCAGAGGUGCUUUGUCUAAAGACAUUUUUAACACUGGACAUUUCUACUCACUGAUAAUCACAGAAAUUUUGGCAGAAAUGCAUUGUCAGGUUGGUCAUCUCAUCAAGCAGCAAGCCGGUUUCAUUCCUUGAGUGUUGUCUGUAUGAGUACAGUAUUAUUUAGUACUCUGUGGUAGUUGUACAAGUAUGAAAACUUUCUUCAUACAUUGGAGUUUAUAACCUUUCAAGCCUCAAGAUGAACACAACUUUAUUAAUAGUAUCUGUUUGAGAGUGAUUUAAGAAGAAAUGUAGAAAUGGGUCUACAUUGACCCAUCUGCUUCUGGAAAAAACUAAACAUGAAAAAACCUGUCCACAAAGGCCUUUAGUGUUGACAAAAUGAUGGUUCUUGGCAACUCCUGUUACAUAAGGAACUCAUCCUUCAUUUAGGCAGGGGACUCGUGGUUAAUCAGUAUUUCAGUAUUGAUCAUAUAUCUGACACAUGACCUUUGCAACUGCCAAUUUGGUACUUUGCAGUCUUGAAUUACAGGAUUUAUUUGCAUUCACCGUAGUUGUCUACAUAACUACUGUAAGAUCCUGAGAAAUUGUAUGGCAUAGAUACAGGUCAUUGCCUUCACAACCUUAUUUAAUUAAAACAUUGACAUAAACCCUCCCAAUUACGACUAGGUUAAUGAGGCAGCAUGACUUAUUUUGCUGUCAUAGUACCAUAAACGGUAAUCUCCAAUUUUGUUACGCACACAAUGUGUUGUCUUGAAAAUGGCUUCUAAGUCUAUGGCAAUGAGCCUCCAAUGUAUUGGAUCUACACACUAUUAUACAUAAUAUACAUAUUUGCUUUUAUAUAAGUCAAAUGCAGGAUUAUCCUCAAGUGUAUGCGAGGAUGCUGAUUGAACAAUAUAGUUUCUAAAUAUAUGAAACAUUUGUGGCCUUCAUCUUACGAUAUAUAUUUUCUUAUAAAAUAACACUAAACUAUGUUGAAGCAAUUAGCAUUUGUACCAUGAGGUAUAUGAAAGUAUGUGUGACUUCUGGCUCAUGUACUUUACAGUGUGUGCAAGGAGACAGACAAUCAGUCAAACUACUGAUUAAUACAUUUGUUUUUUAAAGUCCGUCCUUGCCUAUUGAAGGUUGAGUUUAAUGGGCUGGCAAAGAGAUGACCGAUUGGAAUUGUCAAUUUAUGCAUAUGCAGGUAUCUAGUGAGGUAUCAUUUAAAAAUAGUGUAUUCAUAAGCUCAGACAUACUUUACCAAUAUGUCCACAAACGCAUAUAUACUUGCAUUUAGGUAUGUAAAUCAAAGUAUGUUUUAAUCAAAAUACUGUCAGCCUUCAUGAUUUUCAGUUUUAUACAUUGCCUUUGGUAUUUGUUAGAUUUUUUUGUUAUAUUUCUUCGUUUAAUAUAUUUGUUCACAAUCUACUUUUCCCAAAAUAUUACUGCUGUGUAGAUUUAAAUGUAUAAUCCUAUCAUGUUUCAUCAUGGCUAACCAGUAUACUGACAUUUUAUUCCUUUCAAAUUUUAUAUGUUAAUGUUGCUGAAAGCUAUGAUGGUCACAAUGGCAAGAAUGUGGCAACAACAACAUCUAGAUGUACUGUAUGCUGUUGCUUUUUUGUUUUGGUUUCAUAUGACCUUUAAAACCCAAAGAAUUUGUUAUAUUGCAUGAAAGCAAGAGUGAACGGCUAAAGUGCCCAUACUCAAGUGCCUUUGCACAUUUUUAUUUAUUUUGUACCAAAGAUAUAGAAUCUGAAUGAUGUGCAAACAAAAUUAUUUUUGCCUUGGUAAUACAUAACCUACUUUUUAUAAUGGUUAUUUAAAGAAAAUGUGUCUAUGCCUUGGUUCAUAUGUAUUUAUUUUGGAUGCAAUUGCUUUGGCUGUCAGAAUGCAACUACAAAAGUUAUGUACUUUUAUUUAGAUGUUGUGUUACACUUUGGUAGACUGGUCCAAUAUUAUACCUUUAUUUGAACUGUGCAGACAUAAUUUUUGCUGGGUUAUGCUUUAUUUGAGCUAAUGGGACUUGAUGCCUGUUGGUAACUCUUGAUAUUGGCAGUGGGAUUGGAGUAGUGAAAGGGAGGGUAGGUACAUCAUCGGGGUCAUCAGGCGUUUCAUCUCCAGUGGGCUCAACGGUGAUACCUGGCUUCCUAGGAAUACCCCCCUUGGUUCCAUACCCACUUGUCUUUCCUUUUAAUCCAAAGCCAAUUGCUGUUUUUUUCCUUUGCAUUUGAUAAGGACUUAAUUGCUUGCUGAGGGGAGCGACCCCCUCACCCCCAUUUUCUUCAAUAGACUGUGGUAAAUAUAGUAACGAAUCCCCUGCAUCCAUACAAAGACAAGCACAUUAGGCUACUUGGGAGGGCAUAACAGGGCUUUGCUGCAAAAGAGCAUGUGUGCUCAGUCAACUUACCCUGUAUAAAUAAAGGUUAUUAAAUAAAUAAAUCCCACUUCUACAGGGAAAAUGUUGGUCUUUCAGUUCAUUCUGGGCAGCUUCCGUUGCCGGUUCAGAGUACUUGGUUUUUUCCUCUCAUAAGCUUCUUCAACAUCAUCUUCCCAUGGUACCAUCAAAUCCACAAUGUAUGCCAGCUUGGCUGUUGUGGGCUGGAGUGGGAUGGCCACAAUGUCUGGGGGACACACAAGCUACUUUCCAAUCCCGAGCAGCCUGCAGAAUGCUUGCAUCCUUUGAUGCUAUAUGGUGCUCUGGAGGUUGGCCUGCAGGUACAAAUGUUGUGAAAUGGACAUUUGGGAGUGCAUUUGUGGUGGAUCGCCUCUGUUCCAAGAUAGAUGCCAGCUGUCUGAAUACUUGGUUACGCCUCCUAGUGUAACGCCCUUGGGUGAGGCUCGUAGUGCAUCCUGUAAAAAUGUGCCUUAGAGAUGCAGGGAGCAAGUGAAGUCUUCUCCCCACCACUGCUUCAGGUUCUGGGGUGUGGGCAAGAGGUCAUCAGUGGCUCUCAUGACAAAACUUAGCUGAGAUCCCUCCAUUUCCCACAUGUCACGCCAGCUGAGUUUCCUCUUUUCUAGGCUUUCCCAGUUAAUCCAUUGGCCCUGCUUGACCAUUGAGAUGGCCUUGGCGUGUUGCUCUGUCUUCUCCACAAGCCUUCUCUUCUGCAUUGAUGUUGCCUUGUGCCAUUGAGGAGCUUUUGGGACUUGGCCAACCACGUCCCUGAAGUGACAAGCACUCUGAACGUCCUCAGAUAGGGUCCACUUCCUCCCCAUUGUCGGGGUUGGGGGGGCGCUGUUCGAAUAACGCAAUAAAUAAUUCAUUUUUCUGUUUGCCUUUUAUUUUGACUGAAGGAUAUCAGGUGUAGAAUGUAGUGGCACAACAUGGCCAUUAUCUCCUGUUCAUCAAAUUUCACAUUUUCAGUGUCAUUGCAGUCAUUUAAAUAGAAUUACAGUGAACAAAGUAUACUGAACCCAAUUAUGACCUCAUCAUUUAAUCAAAUUUUAUUUCGUACAUCUCCGUUGAUAUGUUAUGACCAUAUAUUUGUUACAACACUGACAGCAGUAUCUAUCUCGUGAACCAAUUUCACAAGCCCUGAAGCUCACAUGGAAAUACUGA